GAUGGGGUUCGGUUUAUUUGCGGUAGAGUUGCUAGCAGUAUUCAUCCUAGUCUGCCUACUUCUCCAUCGUCAUGGCAACUUCAGGACUCUACACCCUGCUGUAACAGCCUCUGUUCUCAUCGCCUGGUGGUUCUCGUUUGUUAUUGUGUUUGUUGUUCCGAUGGAUAUCAGCGAUACACUAUACGACAAGUGUGCUAGAGAUCACUGUGUGAACAUUACAGCCGCCAACUGCACAGUGAUAUGUAACCAACCACUCAGUUACCUUCCCCAGGAGUACCUGGAAGUGUUCUGGAACAUUGUGUUCUGGUCUAGUCAGCUUCUAACUUGGCUGAUUUUACCCCUGCUGUCUUCGUACGUAGCAGCUGGAGAAUUCACGAUAUCCGGCAAAGUUAAAACUGCUUUGAUCGAGAACGCAGUUAUCUAUGGAACUCUUGGGAUUCUCUUUGGAGUUUUACUUAUUUAUGUGGUUGCUAGCAAGCAUCUUGACAAAGAAGCGAUCAAAGUGUUGUGUAUAACAGCUAGUAACACAUGGGGACUGCUAGUUCUGAUCUUCCUAAUGGGUUAUGGUCUAGUACAGGUCCCAAGAGCAUGUUGGGAGCGCGGUUCAUACUCAGAGUUACUUACACAGAAAAGAUUUGAUGUUAGCAAGAUAAAGAUUGAGGUAGAGGAGGCUCAGGAAAAGUUAAGCCAAAUAAUUGAGGAAGUGAGACAUAUAAACAGAUUAGUUCCGCGCUCAAACGAACUUAGGAAAUUUGUUGACAUUAUAAUCGAAAAGUGUCCAAGUUUGGAAAAUGAAGAUCUAGCAAAUGUUAACUAUGAUGACUACGCAAAUGGGCGUGACGAUGUCACAAUUAGCCGCUCUAGCUUAGUUUCUGUUCACGCCAAAGUUAUAUCAGUUCAUACUAACAUGCAUAGAUGCCAGGUAUUGUGGGAUAUAACCGUAUCAGAUGGGUUAGAUUUGGAGGAUUGGGUAUUGAUGAGAAACAAAGAAUAUAGAGCAGAUUCAAAGCUUGGUUUAAUACAAUAUUAUGUUAGAAUAUUUAUCAUACCAAUAUUAUUGAAAGCAAUCUCGGUUCUAUUUGCCCUCAUCUCUAUUGUGAUAAUAUGGAGUGAAAUGGUUUUCUCAGUAAAACAUCCUACCUUAACGAUAUGUGCUCUUCUGGUUGAUUUUGUGAAAAGUCCAGCUAUGGUCGUGGUGGUGUGUAUCACGUUUAUCAGCUACAUGUGUCUGUGUGCGUACUACACGAUUUUCAAGUUGAGACUCUUUAACCUGUACUACAUGGCACCCGCUCAGCAGACUGAUGAUUACUCGCUUCUUUUCUCAGCUACGGUUCUGUCUCGUCUCACCACGCCCCUGUCUCUGAACUUCCUAGCCCUAGUCCACCAGGACACACGAUACAACACAGACAUACAGACAGCCUUUACCACUAUCAUGGGCAGCUUCGAAGUUAUCCCUUUCAUUGCACAAGGAUUCAACGUGUAUUACCCGAUACUGAUAGCGCUGAUCGGUAUAGCUACUCUGCUAAAGGUGGGGACCCGCUGCAUGGCGUUCCUCGGGUUCCAGACCUUCGUUCAAGACGAUGAGAUCAGUAUGGAUUAUGUGGAGGAGGGGAAACAGCUCCUAAAUAGAGAGAGGAGGAGUAAGGAGAGAGGAGGAGGAGGAGGAGGAAAACAGGAUCACAACAACUCAUCAAAACCAAGCACCUCAUCCAAACGAUACGAGAGUAAGAAACUCCUUCCAAGCAAGUCUGCUGCAGAUCACACGAAUUCGUUUGAUAACGACAGAGCCAGACUUCUCGACUCAGAGGAUUAUGAUGCUAACUCUCUACUCGACACAGCACCGUCAUCCAGCUACAGGAAACAAAGCAAGAAAUCGUCCCUCUUUGACGAUGUUUGAGAGUCCUAUCUCAUUUUUGUGUAAAUUAAGUAUUAGAACGAUUUGUCCUGCAACACUCUUGUCUGUUUCAUACGAUUUUAUGAAAAGAAAAGCGUUAAAGAAAAGCAGGACUGUCAUUUUAAGUUGAGAUGUCUUUUCGUUGUUUUUUUCAGUGUCCAUGUGAUUGAGAGAUUCAUGUUCAUCAGUUGUAAAAUUACAAAGUAACUACCAACAAAGUGACUACCAAUUUCGUUAUUUUCAGUAGAAUUGUUGGGUAAAAAUUAUUAAUAUAAUAGCUCACUUUGUUGACUAUACAGUGCAAUGAAGUUCCUCGUGUUGUUCUAUUCUUCUUGAAAUAUCUGUGUUUUUACGUUUAAUGAUACCUCCUUCUGGAGUCUGCUCGAAAUCUGUUUUAAAAUUAUUUGUUUUGUGUUGAGCAUGUUUUUAUAGGGAUCAUUCACAUUGUUACUUACUUGUUACUUACCUGUUACUUAUUUUACGUCUUACAC